AUACGAGGGGUCAGAGGGAGGAGCUUCCUCGCCAUUCCCCAGCCACCACCGAACCCAUCCAUCCUCCGUCCGCCGUCGCGAUCCACCCGGCCCGACCGGCCCGAACCCGAAAGCCCAUCCACCCACCCGGACCGGGCGACGACCGGGGCGGAGGCGGCGGCGGCGGAUCGAGGGACGGACGGACGGAUGGGCGGCGGCGGGCAGUAGGACGGCGGCGGGACGCGGCGGGAGGAGGACGGCGGCGCGGCGCGGCGGGGCGGCGGCACCACCAUGUCUGCGGUAGUCUGCGGCAAGAGGUCCUCCUCCAUCUUCGCGGACGACCUGCUGCUCCAACAGGCCUCCUCUUCCCCUCCCUCCUCCCACCACAGCAGCCCCGCGGCCAAGAGGUCCCGCUACGCGCACCACCACCACCGCCGGGACGGCCGGGACGCGCUCCUCAACCACCUCCGGGCCGCCUUCCCCGCCAUGGACCCCCAGCUGCUUGAGAGAGCCCUUGAAGCGUCUGGAGAUGAUUUGGAUGAUGCAAUAAAGAGUCUGAAGGAGCUGCACCUGAUGGAGUCAAAUCAGGCUAACCUGUCGGCCACUGGUUCCGCAUUUGAAAACGGGCCGACUGCAGUUCAGCCGUCUGUUGAAGGCAUUGUUACCAGCGGCGGUGUGGACACAGCUACUGAACACCAACCUCCUGCAGAUGGCCAACAGCCAGGUAAUAGUGGCCCUGAAUGGGUUGAUCUUUUUGUGAGGGAGAUGUCAAAUGCUUCUGACAUGGAUGACGCGCGGGCCCGUGCGUCAAGAGCUCUUGAAGCCUUGACGAAGUCCAUCCUGGAGGGUGCAGGAGCUGAAGCAGCGCAGAGCUUGCAUCAGGAAAACAUGAUGCUCAAGGAGCAGAUGACGGCCGUCCUGUCGCAGAACGCGGUCCUGAAGCGCGCGGUGGCGAUCCAGCACGAGCGGCAGAAGGAGUUCGACGAGCGGAGCCACGAGGUGCAGGGCCUGAAGCAGCUCGUCCUGCAGUACCAGGAGCAGCUGAGGACUCUCGAGAUCAACAACUACGCGCUGCAGAUGCAUCUGAAGCAGGCCCAGCAGAGCAGCUCCAUGCCCGGGCGCUACAACCCGGACGUCUUCUAAUUUGGCCUCAGGGCGAUGAUGAUGAGCCCUGGCCCUUGGGGAUUGAGAGUUGAGACUAGUGGUGCCCUGCCGUAUGAUGAUGAUGAAGAUGACUAGAAAAUGUUGUUGUCUGGGAUAGUUGGGUGGAUGUUGGUUUGCUGACCACCCCGUUGGCCGUGGGAUGGGGCGCAAGGCUCCCAUGAUAGAUCAUGUGUUGGUUCAAACGUGUCGCGUUUAAACGAUUUUUCGUAUUUGAUAUAUACACAAAACAAUCCCGAUUCUUUGCA